UAAGUUAUGGUGAACCAUUUCAAAGCUGUGAUUCUUCCGCCAGAUGGAGGUUCAUCCCUUUAUAUCCGCAGUUGAGGGUAUAGACUACUACCAGCUAGCGAGACUAGCUAGAGGUUGAUUAAUGCACUGGUAGCUUUCGUACUGUCUAGCUAGAGAGCGACUAUCCCUUGAUUCCACAUCAUACCAAUCAAAGUAGUCUAGACUUGCCUGGAUGCAUUUUCUCAUACUGGUAGAGUCUUGGCACACACCAUCACCAUGACAUCCUCCUCCAGCGAACCCGAGAAGCUGGCAAAAAAGCCCCUCGCAAAGUUAGAAGGCUUCCUCGAUCCAAACUGAUGCAAUCAACGCAAGCAAGCCUUCACAACAAGUCCUGGACGUGCAAGCAAGUCUUACAGGGCAGUAUGCCAAAAAGAGUACUCAGUACUAUUAAUUAAAGACAUCCUCGUCGUCUGUCCACCACACCAUUAGAAAAUCGGAACAAGUUCCAUCGAACUCAAGUUGAAGCAACCCUCACAAAUUCUUUCUUCUAUCUGCGUCAGCAGCUUCCGACCAACGACCGGGGUUGAUGCCAACAUGCCAGCCAUGUACUGGUUACGAUGAUGUCGAUGCUUUCAUCAGCAUACAAUCAACCCCUAUCUUCAUAUUGCCUUCUCCUUUGUUGAUUCCAAUUGAUUAUCACAGUAAUUCAACACCAUGAGACCUGCUACCACCACCACUGGCUUUUCCUUAUCUCCAGGUGGCCUCUUGCUACCCUACCACAUGGGGGCAUUGGAAGCCUUGGAGCACCACCAGCAACUGGAUCUCGAUCAGACACCACUGGCCGGGUCUUCUGCGGGAAGUAUUGCCGUGGCUGCCAUGGCCUGUGGCAUUCGAGGCCCUCAAGUCCUCGAAGCGACCAGUCAAAUUGCCGACGAAUGCACCCAAGAAGGAGGGACCCGAGGACGAUUGUUGGGCAAACUACGCACCACCCUAAAUGAACUCAUUACCGACGAACACUUUCAAGUACUCCAGGAACGACCCAUUGUCAUUGCCCAUCAACAAGUGUUGCCCACUUGGACGUCACGGCACGAGACGUCUUUUGCCAGUCGUCAGGAUCUCAUUCAGGCCAUUUGCCAUUCGAGCUCCUUUCCGUUCUUCACCACCAAUUGGCCCUGCGUAUUGGAUACCUCACGACGAGGACGAGUCCCUCGACUGGUGGUGGAUGGAUUCUUUGCCGUGCCACGAGAGCGAUUUGGUUGUCCCGAUUUUGCACUGGCACAUGAACAACAAUCUUCUUCUAACAACAACAAGGACACUACUGCUUUUGCGGCGGUGGACCGGACCGUGUUCAUCUCGGUCUUUCCACGAGACAAAAUUGGAAUAGAUGCCGCAGACCCCGAGGAUUGUAUUUCACCAGCCUAUCGAGGGGUGGACCAAAUGCAAAAUCUACUCCGAUUGGCCACACAAUCGGCUUCCCGGCAAGAAUAUGCCGCCGUCUACGAAGAUGGAUGGAAGGAUGCCGAGCAGUGGUGUCAACGACAGCAGGAACAGACUUUAGUACAAGAAGAGGACAGUGCUACAACAGCCCUCAAUUAAUUAAAUAACUACCAUGAGCAAUCGAUCAAGAUGGAAUGUAAAAGAGUGCUUUAAGUUAGUUAGAAAAGUAUGCAUUAAAUGUAU